GGCAUCAUUGUUCCGGGUGCGAUUUGGGCCCAUGCUCUAACCUGGAAGCUCGCCGAGCCCGCUUCAACUGGCGACAAACACUCGACCGACCUGCUCGGAAACUUCAGACCGCCCCGCGACCUCCAGAUUGCUGCCCGCUCUGUCGCAGCAAUCGAACGUGAGCCAGGCGGCGCGUCGCACAGGUCAAGUACGGACGGAGUCAAGCUCGGAGUCAAGCACGGAGCCGCUCGCGGUGCCGCCAGUUGAUCGGGCUUUCCUCUUCCCACCACCCCGCCGACCGUCUUCGGCCUGCUCAUCCAACCCCUCCGACAUUCUUUCCUCUCGACCGCCUUCCCUUUGCCGCGGGACAACCACUCCCUCCUUCGUUCCGGAUCUGCGACUACAAUCAUGGCGCCUCCCAACGGGACUGCAGGCAAACCUGCCAAGACGAUUUCUCGGCCUCCCAACCGAACCAUUAUUCCAGCUCUGCCGCUCAACUUCCCUCAGCGCCCUGGCAGCAAGCAGUCCUCUGUCACGGCAACGGCCUCUUUGCCUGCCAAGCCCCAGAACGGUGUCCGGCAAGCCGACGAGAAACCGGCGUCGGUUGUGCCGAAGCACGGGCAGGAGUCGCCGAAAACAACGUCGACCGAGCUUGGCCCAACCUCCUCGAGCAAUCUCGACGCCGCGACAGUCGCUGUCGCUCCCGUUCAAGCUGCAGCAGACGUAGAGCAGCCUGGUCCUGUGUCGGAUGAAGACGAGCGCGCAAGAGAGACGCCUCCAGUUCUACCGACUCCCGUCCCGCCCGGGCGGGCCAGAUCCCCAGUCCAUCACCGACCCCCUGGUCUGCCCAACCCCGCGCCCGAGGCUAUGGCCACGUCCGGUCCCGCUCCCGCUCCCGGCGUCCCCAUUCCCGCCCCACAUCCUGCCAUGAUGAAUCGGCCGGCGUUCCACCACCAGCCCCAUCCCAGCAACGGGAGCUUGGUUUUUGGGGCGUUGCACGACUCCAACGGAUCAUCCCCUGCACCCAGGUCUGGCGGAAGCGUGUUCCCUCCCCCUCCUCCCGGCAUGGUCCCAUACCCGCCGGCCGCCGUGGACAGCUAUGGCCGUCCUCUCCUGGUAUCCCCGGUUGUCGACGGUUACGCUCCCAACCUUGUCAACCAUCACGGACCGCCGACUCCGCACAGCUUCCACGGGUCUCAGUCACCGGUCCAGGCCGAGGAGCACGGUGCCCCUCGUUAUGCGGUCAAUGGCUCUGCCGCCUAUCCUGCCGACCCGGCAGGCCAAUCCCCCAUGCCGCUUGCCGGGAUGAACCCGGCCAUGAGCGGUGCGGUGCACCCCGCUACAGCGCCGGUCUCUCUUUAUCAGAGCCUGCACGAUCAGGAGGAAACUUUGUCUUUCCUCAGACACGGCAUCUCGGACGACUCUUUUACCGAUUGUGUUCUCGUCCUUCGCUUCCCCGACAAAUCAGAAUUCCAGGACCAUCCCGAUUCCCGGCAGCUUCACCGCGUCCUUACCACUCACGGCCACCGUUUCAUCUUCUCUCGCAGCCCCAUGCUCACUGGGGUCAUGAAGCGCGAAGGAACCGUACCCGGCGGUGUCAUUUCCCUCGACGUCCGCGACGAGUAUAUGCGGUCGGAUGUCUUCUGGUACUGCCUGCGUAGCCUCUACGGCUGGAGCCUUGCAAACGGUAUUCUUCCUACCGAACUGCGCCUCCGCGACGCGAAAGAUGACUUGAAGACGGCGCUCAGCUACGUCGUCACUGCGCGGUAUCUGCAGCUGCCGUGGGUGCAUUCCGUUGCCCUCCACCGCGCAAGCCGCCUCCUCUUCUGGAAUACGAUUGAGACGGCGGCUGUGUUCGUUUCCAAGAUUGCGGUCAUGUCGCCGCGGAACGAUGGCUUUGGCGUAGCAGAGCUUCUGGAUCAGGUCCUGGCCUUCCUUGUCCACAACUUUCCCGUGGAUUUCGUGCUCGACGCAAACGCCGGCGAUCAUGGGCUCCCUCGCCUCCCCCCUUCCAGCCCUGUCCCCGGCAACCCGAACGCGCCCACCAUUGCCCAUGGCACGACCGGCCCAGCUCAUAGCCGGCAGCCCUCCAAGGCCCAGGCGCAGAUGCCGCGGAAUCCGCGCGUCUCUUCCAACCUUCGCCUGUCUCAGAUCAAGUUUGGAGACAUCUCCCCGACCAAGAACGGCUCCGUCUCUCCCUCUCCCCCGAGCAACGGGCAGUCCCCUCGUGCACCGACUCCGAAUGACACCAUCCUCUCGCGCAUUCUCCUCAACUUGCCCUUCGAGCUCCUGAAGCAGGUCCUGGAACAUCCCCACCUGGCCAAGCUGUCCGGCGAUCUCAGCCCGUCCUCCCGGCAGUCAAUGAUCACCGAGAUCAUCGCUGAGCGGGAAUCCCGGCGGCUGCGAGCGCUCGAGAAGGCGGACCCGCAGCUUCGAGCCUACCAGGAACGGGUUGAGAAUGCGGCAGCACCCCUGGUGGUCAGGCAUAUGGAUGAAUUCUGGGUCAACAACAUGGGCUUCAAGGAAGAGGUGUUCCCUGGAGACCUCCCAUAUCUCGUCCACACGUGGUCGCAGACAGCCUCUUCCAGCGUCAGCUCAUGAGGCCUGCCGUCGACGACACGACAUGUCUCUGCCGGCUCUUACGACGUGACGACUUUUGGGGGCUUCGGGCUGGGUGACUUCUGGGUUGGUUGUUCUCUCUUGCAUUCAUCGCGCCACAUCCUCUCCCUGCCUGGCAGGGCUGUGGUCCGAUGCAAAACAUUUUUCCUAUGGUCUCCUUGGUUUUCUGCAUUGCGUCCGGAGUCAUGCGGUUACACAAAAUUGCCUGUCCUUACCCUGUCGGGGCGGGUUAGAGGGCUCAUAUGAGCGUUUGUUGCUUGGGCCAUGUUCAUUUUCGG